UUUUCCAAUGUUUGAAAAAUAAAUUUAUUUACGAAUGAAAAAUCCAAGAACUAAUUUUUCUUUUCCCAAACUUUUUUUAGUCUGUCUUCCUAUUUCAAUCUCUCCUCCAAACGUAGCCGUCUAGUUGAUUAAGUAUACUUUUUCUACUACAAGUCUACAGCUACUUUCUCUUAAUUUCAUCUUCCUCUACGCAACCCUUGUGUUGUUAAUCUUAGCCUCGUUCUUGUUCCUACUUUUUUGCUUUCUUCUCCGAACUUUUCUCAUUCUCUACUAAAGACUUCAUCUUUCACUUUUUCUCCAUCAAAUUCCAUUGACUUAACUCGCUUCCCACGUUACUGCUUCCUCAUCAACCCACUUCCCAUCUUCUCUGCUCAAUUCAGUUUCAGAAUUCUGUUCAGUUGAAUAUUGAUGUAGUAUGUUGCUACCCCUGCUAAAGUUGUUGGUGCCCCAGCUUCAAGUGUUUCCAUCAAUUUUUUUGGAAUUUCAGUGUUGAUGCUCAGAUAGAUCAUGAUCAGAGUCUUGUUGUAAUCAUUUUGUCUUUCGGGUAUGGACUGCAUGGAUGUUCAUGCCUACUGUUAAGUGUGUGAACAAUGUUUAGAAGGCCAAGGGGUCCCGAUGUUUUUAGUAUAUUCAAAUGCAAAGAUCAAGGGGAAUCAUCUCUGGCAACAGAUUUACUUCAAAAUAUUCCACUAGAGGUUGAAUUGUCUGAUUAUAGAAGGGUCCCAAGUCCUGACAGUGAGAGCCCUUCCGGACUUCUUCAUGGUGAGAGCCUAAAUGCAGAACCUAUUGCUGAUUUAGAUCUCUUCUUCGAAAGGCUUUACAGCUACUACUGUGAGAAAGGGAUUUGGUGCAUCAUUAUAAAAUGGAUUGGUGAACUUCUUAGCCUGGGUUUCACCAUAUGUUUUUCGGGAUUUUUUCUACUAUAUGUUGAUUGGAAUGGGCUCCGCAAUGCAAAGUGUGGGAUGGAUGCGGUUGAGUCUGGAAUUAAGCCCUGUGAUCUUGCUAAAGAAGCUCUUCAUGAACACCCAUUAACCCCAAUGACUCUUACGAAAGCUAUUAUAGUUGGAUACUUAGGAAUAUUUUCCAUGUAUUGGAUAUUUUGCUUCUUGAGAUUCUUUGCCCAGCUAAAGGAUACUUUGGAAAUCCGAGAGUUUUAUUACAAUAGUCUCCAUGUUACAGACAAUGAAAUACAAACAAUGUCCUGGGCUACUAUUAUUGAAAAAGUUGUUAGGGUACAAAGUUCUAAACAUCUUUGUGUUGUAAAGAAUCUGUCUGCCCAUGACAUGGUAAUGAGAUUGAUGCGGAAGGAGAACUACUUAAUUGGGAUGCUAAACAAGGGUGUGCUUGCCUUCCCCAUUUCUCAAUGGGUUCCAGGUGCUGGUCCUACAGUGGCAUAUAGUCCUAAUGGAACCCAUUAUCGUCUAACACUAACUAAGACCCUUGAGUGGACUUUGAAUUGGUGCAUCUUGCAAAGCAUGUUUGAUCGGAACUUUUGUGUGAAAAGGGAUUUUGUGUCAAAUCCAAAUGCAUUACAGAAAAGGCUUAUGGUAGUUGGCUUUGCAAUGCUUUUACUUUCUCCAUUUCUUAUCAUAUUCAUGUUGGUAUAUCUCUUUCUGAGGCAUGCUGAACAACUUUAUAACCAUCCAAGCACGGCAUCAUCUCGGAGAUGGUCAAAUUUGUCAAGGUGGAUAUUUAGGGAAUUCAAUGAGGUGGAGCAUCUCUUCAAACAUCGAAUUUAUAGCGGUGUCUUGCAUGCGUCUGAAUAUAUCAAGCAAUUUCCUUCACCUAUCAUAUCUAUCAUUGCAAAAUUCAUCUCUUUUGUAUCGGGUGGCUUUGCUGCAAUUCUGAUCAUCAUAGCUUUUCUUGAGGAGUCUCUGCUCGAGGGCCAUAUAUUUGGCCGGAAUCUGUUUUGGUAUGCCGCUGUUUUUGGAACUAUAACUGCCAUCAGCCGGGCUGCAAUUACAACUGAGCUGUUGGUCUUAGACCCUGAGGGAACCAUGUCUAUGGUGGUUCAGUAUACACAUUAUAUGCCAAAAAGAUGGCGUGGCAAAGAAAAUACUGAAAUGGUUCGCAUCGAGUUUGAAACCUUAUUCCAGUACACUGGAAUGAUGCUACUUGAGGAGAUGGCCUCGAUUUUCCUCACACCAUAUUUACUUCUGUUUGUUGUUCCAAAGCGGGUUGAUGAUAUAUUGCAGUUCAUUUCUGAUUUUACCGUAAAUGUUGAAGGUGUUGGUCAUGUUUGCAGUUUUAGCACCUUUGAUUUUCAAGAGCAUGGAAACAGCCGUUAUGGUUCCCCACACAAUGCGCCACGUAAUCGAAGGAGCUCACAGGGGAAGAUGGAGAAAUCAUUGUUGAGUUUUCAGAGUAGUUACCCUUCAUGGGACCCGAAUGUUCUAGGGAAGCAGUUUUUGCGAAAUGUUAGAAGCUUCAGAGAGCAGAGGUUAUCAGGAUACAGAAGCGGACAUGCAUUUUCCUGUCCACAAUGGAGGGGUCGUCCGAAUGUGGGAGGCGAUGGAGAAAGAAACCAGUUCAUAUCCUGGGAAGUGCCAAACAGUAUUCUUGAAACUGCCAACCAAAAGAAUCAUCCCUACCUGAUUGACUGGUACUAUACAUCUCAACCUUGUGAUGCGGCUCUCGAAGAUGUUCCAUCAGAACCUUUCGGAGUAACUGAGCCUGCAUACGAAGAAUACUCACAUGAGUGUUGUGAGGAUCGCGCUGCGUCGACUCCAAUCUUCAGGGAAAGCCUUAUUAAGGAUGAAAAUUCAAAUGAACUGUUCCCAAAUGCCCAGAGUCAUUGGUGGGAUAAAUGUCGGCUGCAAGGUGGACAAGUUCAAACAAGCUUUUUUGAGCCUCCGGAUUUCAAUCACCGAACAGAAUAUAGUCAUUGUGAAGAGUUUUCUAACCGAGGAGCAGAGGAUCAAGAUCAAGAACAUUGCUUGUACUGGCAAAACCACCAUUGGUUAUCUAGAGAAGCUUGCUCAGAUGACUUAGAGGCAGGAGAAUUUAAUCUUCAUUUUGAUAAUGUUUAUAGCAGACCUCCAGAAUCACCCACUGUAAAUUCCAGAUCUUCUAGCUUUGAGUGAUGAAUUUUGCCCCACAUUUAUUUCUUAGGGGAGUUUCUUGCUUGAAUUCCCAAGGCAUGAUUGUCCCAUCUAAUUUUACUUGUAUUGACAUUUGAUUCUUUGCUGUAUAUAAAUCCAUUUGUGUUUACUGAGCCUUGGCUUAAUGUUGGAAGGUCAUUAAGGAUGGUUGCAAGGGGUCUGGAAAUGCCUUCUACUUCCAGGUGUAAGAACCAUUAAAAAAAUUAGAGAGAAAAAGGAAAUGUUUUAUGUUGUCCGGUC